AUGUCAAUGUGGACAGCUGUCAUCCUCAUCGUGCUGGUGGCAGGUCGGCCGGCACCACCAGUGCGUGGGGCCACUCGACCGGUGCCGGCAACAUACCGACUUCUCUCUGUUCAGCAAGCACCGCGGCUCCCAAGCCUAGCUGCUGGCCCAGAUCAGCGUCAACAUUAUCAGCUUCGCCAAAGAUAUCACCACCCUGGUGCCCAAGUAGUUGAACAUCCGAGUGGUGUCAUCCUGGCAUCUUUCGUCGGCACAAGGACCCUCUGCCCAUGGAACAUUGUAUUUUCGGCCUCGGCAUUUCUGUCUGACGACCGCUUCAUACUGCGUUUUGAACUACUGGUUCUCGCAUAG